AUGGCGAUAAAGAAGUCGACUCAAGCCGCAUCUAUCAAGCAAAUCUUAAAGAGAUGCUCGAGUCUAGGGAAGAAGAAGAACGUGAAUGGUUGCUACUAUACUCAACAAGACGUGCCAAAAGGUCAUUUUCCGGUUUAUGUCGGACCGAACCGAAGUCGGUACAUCGUUUCCAUCUCAUGGCUCGAGCACUCCGAGUUUCAAACGUUGCUCCGACUAGCCGAGGAAGAGUUUGGGUUCGACCAUGACAUGGGUCUCACUUUACCUUGUGAUGAAGAUUUCUUCAGGUCUCUUAUCUCUAUGUUCAGAUAA